AUGCUUCUACUACGAAACCUACCCAUAGUUCGAUACGCCGGACGCCGGUUCUUCAAUCUCCCUGAACCCUUUCAUGACACUUCAGCAUACGAUGAAAACACAAAGCCAAUGGUGCUUGUGCCCAAGGUAGAGCAGAACCUCUACGGUCUCAUACUGAAGCUCCAACCACAAGUGACACAGCCAAAGAUCUCUUCAGAACAAAGAGCGAUCUGGGAUGUCAUUCGAGGAAAUAACCACUUGUUUCUUAGAAGCACUGCCCAGUCAGGUAAGUCCUUGGCUAUUGCUGUUAUGGCGUUGAAUAGAGCCCUUACACAUGCUCCAGAUAGACUGAGACGGUUGCUUGAUACGGUGAUUGUUGUGCCUACGGAUAGUCUCGUGGAGAAGUAUAAGUACUACUUGGAGACGUCUAUGGCUGGUUUGCCGGAAUUGUGUUGUCCAUUUAGAGAAACACAAGAGUCUGACAUUGAGUAUGAGCCGUUUAGUGCCAAGUUCGUGGACUCUGAGGGAAACAGCAGUUCAAUUGCUACAGGUGAAAGUGGACUGCCCCAGGUUUUGGUACUGACUCCCACAGGUCUUCAUAAUUUGCUUUCGGGAUCUACAGAUAUCUUUUCAACCGUAAGACUUGUGGCUUUGGACGACUUUGACUUCAUGAUGAGCUCUACUGGAUGUGGAAAUAGUAUGAACUUCGUACAAAAGGGCGAAAACGGAAGGAUUCGGUCCAAAUUGGUGGAAUCCGUUAAGCAGAUGUAUCGAGUGCACCAUGAGGCGUUCGUUAAACGAAUGGAAAAGAGGCUUCAUGAGGUGGAACUUCGUUAUGCCUCAGAUACAGACUUUGCUGCAUCAGAUUUCGUGCUCAAAGCGCCAAUUGAUGAAUCCAUAGAUGAUACGGGUAUUCCAAAAGGUAUUAAUAAGAAGCUCGCCCAGAAGCUCUUCUCGUUGAAGCCAGGCUUGGUUUACCGUCCUAUCCAAUAUUGCAUAACCGCUGAGCAAACCAUACCAAUGCCAGAAUCCAUAGAUGGCUCUACAAAAACGGCUGCUGAAGUUCAACAUCUUACUGAGCUUCAUUCCAAAGAAACCAGCUUCCACCAUAAACUACGCAAACUUAUAGAUAUAGAGGAGACCAGUCUAGACAACCACAAGCAAUGGGCUGAUCUGUUUGUUGGCAAUUAUCCUACGUUCUACUUGGGAGCUGCAAAGAGCAAAUCAACCUACAGAAAGACAAAAAUAAAGCCUAUUGAGCUGAACUACUUGCAAGGACUAUCCGAUAAUGUGACCCAUCUCAGUGAGCUCAAGAAGUAUUGUCUGAAUGACAACCAGAAGAAGUACCUCAGGAAGAGGGCUGCAUUAAAGAAAGACAAUGAUCACACGGGAUUUGAAGUGUUGCUAAACAGGACAUUGCUGAAGUUUUAUUCAAUUUCUAAGAACAGUUCACCAUUUUUGAUCGUUUUACCUCCUUCGGUACCAUUAAACAGUAUUAGUCAAGAACUGGGACCCAAGUUUCCAAUAAAGACGAUCAACGAUAUCUCCUCCGAAACUCCAGAAGUCCAGGAGCGGUUCUUUGAGACAGAAAAAUCACAUCUUUGCAUUCACCCCCAUCAUCUUAUUGGCCAGAGCUUUCUUGGUGUUCAAAACUUCUUGGUAAUUGGUCAAGACUCGUUACUUGCUGCAACGGCCUUCGAUGUAAAUCCAAAUGCAAAGCAUCUUCUAGGACUUCUUAAUCCUAAUAUGGACCUUCUCUGCUUUUACCUCAAAAAGCUUAUGGCCUCGAGAUCAGCCAUUGAAGAGGCAAACUUGGUUUUCAUCAAAGAGGAAGUUGCUAGGUCGACUGAUAAAGAGGCUAGAGAGAGAAUCGAGUUAGACUCAGUAAAGCUAGAACAGAUCCUUCUAGCAAGCGACAUUCGCCGAUUUCUACCUAUCAAGUCAUUCUAA